UUUGAAAAGCUCCCUAAUCGUCUUUUGACGCCGACUAGAGAUCUCCAAUCCGCCAAGGAUCCUGCGCUGGUCUCUCCCUAAACACACGGCGCGUUGUUGCUUUGUUGCUCGCUCGACUAUUUCUUUGUUUCGUUUUUUUCCCGCGGCCUGGUAGCGUUCGUCGUCGCCUCAUUUUAGCCUGUGCCUGAAGUCAAUCCAGCCACAGACGCCGUCAGGCCUCGCGCUGGAACUCACGCCGGACUUUUGACAGCCGACAACCGCUGGACGGGUUUGCCUAGCAAGCAGCAUCGUUAGGCGCGCAUGGCGAGGACAUGAGAGGAGUAUUUUGACCUCUCCAUCCUCCCUUACGCUUCAUCCCCGCACUCCCCCCGCGCCCGCAGUGCGCAUCCCGCCCACUGCUACCAUUAGCCGAUCGCGACAGCAACAAGCCCCGCCAAGAUGGGUGUUCCCAAGUUCUUCAGGUGGCUCUCGGAGCGCUACCCGGCCAUCUCGCAGCUGAUCGCCGAGAACCGCAUACCCGAGUUCGAUUGCCUGUACCUGGACAUGAACGGCAUCAUCCAUAACUGCACCCACAAGGACACCCACGACACGUCCUUCCGGCUCAGCGAGGAGGAGAUGUUCAUCCGCAUCUUCAACUACAUAGAGCACCUCUUCGGCAAGAUCAAGCCCAAACAGCUCUUCUUCAUGGCCAUCGACGGCGUCGCCCCGCGCGCCAAGAUGAACCAGCAGCGCGCCCGUCGCUUCCGCACCGCCCUCGACGCCGAGCAGGCCCGCGACAAGGCCAUAAGCGAGGGGAAGGAGCUUCCUAAGGAGGAGCCCUUCGACAGCAACUGCAUUACUCCCGGCACCGCCUUCAUGGCCAAGCUUUCGGAGCAGCUCAAGUACUUUGUCAACAAAAAGGUCAGCGAGGACAAGGAGUGGCAGGGCUGCGAGAUCGUCCUGUCCGGCCACGAGGUCCCUGGCGAGGGUGAGCACAAGAUCAUGGAAUACAUCCGCAACGCCAAGGCCCAACCCGACUACAACGACAAUGUCCGCCACUGUCUGUACGGCCUCGAUGCCGACCUCAUCAUGUUGGGUCUGCUGAGCCACGACCCCCACUUCUGCCUUCUGCGUGAGGAGGUCACUUUCGGCCGCCAGUCGCAGGCCAAAUCCAAGGAGUUGGAGCACCAGAACUUUUAUCUGUUGCAUCUCUGCAUUGUGCGCGAGUACCUCGAGCUUGAGUUCCAGGAACUCAAGAAGGAGGGCGCAAUGUCGUUCCCCUUCGACAUGGAGAGGGUCAUUGAUGAUUUUAUUCUUAUGGCCUUCUUCGUCGGCAACGACUUCUUGCCCAACCUGCCACAUUUGCACAUCAACGAGGGCGCGCUGGCCCUCAUGUUCAAACUGUACAAGCAGAUUCUGCCCAAAUGCGACGGCUACAUCAACGAGGGCGGCACGGUCAAUCUCCACAGGCUGGGCCUGCUGCUCGAGGGUCUGAGCGAGGCCGAGCACCGCUUCUUUGACGUGGACAUGCAGAAUGAAAACUGGUACCGCGCCAAACAGCAGAUGGACAACCCCGAAACGGCCAUGGCCAAGUCCCGCCCGAAAGGCCAGCUCCAGGUGACGACAUCGCAAAAGAACAUCUGGAAGCACAGCCUGCGCCCCUUUAUCAACAAGAGGGCUACCAAGACAUUAAAUCUGGGCAGUGGCCUCAACGCGGCAGACCGGAAGUUCGCCCAGGAAGUAGCGGACAGUUUCCGCCUCAAGUGGGAGAGCCCGGCCGACGAGGAGGGCAACCGCAGCCUGGUGAUAACGCUACCACAAUCGCCAGAGGCCAGCGAUGAUGAUGGCUUCGAGGAGGAGGGUAACGCGGCCGCGCACCGUGAGAUGCUCAAGUACGACCGGGCCGCAGUUGUCGACACGUCUCCUGAGGAGGCCAAGGAGGCCAUGGAGCGCCUGUACCAACAAAAGUUCCAGGAGUGGAAAGACAAGUAUUAUUCCGAGAAGUUCGAAGAGUGGUCGACGCCAGAGCUCAAGGAAGAAGGUCUGAGGCAGCUCUGCGAGAACUACGUUCAGGGUCUGCAGUGGGUUCUUUACUACUACUACCGCGGCAUCCGCUCGUGGCCGUGGUUCUACAAAUACCACUACUCACCUAUGAUCUCGGACGUCAUGAAGGGCCUGAACGCCGACAUGAACUUCAAGCUUGGGCAGCCGUUCAGGCCGUUUGAGCAGCUCAUGGGCGUUCUGCCCGAUCGGAGUAAGAAGAUCGUCCCGACGGUGUACUGGCCGCUCAUGACACAAGCCGACUCCCCUAUCAUCGACUUCUAUCCGCGAGACUUUGUGCUCGACAUGAACGGCAAGAAGCAGGAUUGGGAAGCCGUUGUCAAGAUCCCCUUCAUUGACGAGCGCCGGUUACUCGACGCCAUGGCCACCAAGAACGACCUCCUCGCCGACGACGAAAAGGCGCGCAACGGCUUCGGCGUGGCCCUCAAGUUCACAUACUCCCCGGAUCUAGAUUUCGUGUACCCCUCGUCGUUUCCAGGCAUUUUCCCAGAUCUUCCUCACUGCCGAUGCGUCAUAAACAUCUUCGAGCUCCCCCCAACGGAAGGCCUGGACUUCCUCCACGGCCUAACGGACGGUGCGUUCCUGAACAAGUCGGCACUGGCCGGCUUCCCCAGUCUUGCCACGCUGCCCUACUCGGCGACACUGGGUUUCCAUGGCGUCAACGUCUUCCAGCAGGAAAGCCGCAACGAAAGCAUGGUAGUCACCCUGUCGGGCACGGAGGCGAAGACAGCCGUGACCUCGGCCAAGAUGAAGCUUGGACAGCGCUGCCAUGUCGGCUACCCAUUCCUGCAAGAGGCAAUGGUUGUUCGGGUCUCGGAUGAGCUCUUUGACUACGUUCUCGACGCCAACGGGCAGGUCAUCCAGACGCCGCACCACGCCAAGGAGAUUGAAUACUUUCACUCCAAGUCCCGGCGCAUAGAGGAGUUCUACAGCAAGCGUCUGGGUAUUCUAAUCAGCAGCGUCGAGUCCAUGGUGCACGUACACAUGCUCAAGGGCCUGAUCAAGACGGACGAGGGUGCCACCAUCAAGGAGUACGGCGAGGUGCCUGGCAUGGAGACGGACUACGCACCACAGGUGGUUGUGGACGAGGUUGUUCACGAGGACCAGCGCUUCGUCGAGAAGGAUGCUCUCCCGAUCGAAGAAGAGUUCCCACUAGGCUCUCACGCCUUUUUCCUAGGCGAGUACGCAUUUGGACGUCCGCUCGAGGUGAUUGGCCACAACGACAAUCGACUGGAAAUCCGAGUGGCCAAGCUUAAGAAGGAGGAGCCCGAGUUCACCAGGAAAGUCAUCUUUGAUGCCGAGCGCAACAACAGAUACAUGCCUUCCUACGCCGUCGCCAAAACCCUGGACCUGCACCCGCUCGUCCUCAGCAAGAUCACAGCCUCCUUUUUCAUCUACACCAUGGGCGGCAGCAUCAAGGUCAAUCUGGGACUCAACCUCAAGUUUGAGGGAAAGAAGAUGAAGGUGCUUGGUUACUCACGCAAAUCCCAGUCCGGGUGGGAGUUCAGUCCGCUGGCUAUUGGACUGUUGGCCCAGUACAUGACGAAUUUCCCAGACCUCUUUGUCGCGCUCAAGUCACGGCCCAACGGCAACGACCUCCAAGACACGGAUCUCUGGAAGGACGAGACGACGGCCAGGGCGCGCGUCAAGGAGAUCGGCGCCUGGCUCAAGUCGAUCAACACCAACAAGUUUGAGAAGGUUCCCCUCGACGCCGAGCAGCUUGACUCGGAGGUAGUCAUGAACUUGACGCAGUCGGCGGACUCACUCAAGCUGCACGAGACGCCUUUUGAGGGCAGGGCGCUCAAGGGCACGCCCCGGAGCGCCCUCCUCAAGCCGGACGAGGCGGAGCAGCGGCUAGGCAACCAGGACUUUGCAUUGGGUGACCGUGUUGUGUACGCAUCGUCGUCGGGCAAGGUCCCCAUCGCCAUGCGUGGCACCGUGGUGGGCAUAAGCCGAACUCCGACGGCCAAACUGUUGGACGUUGUCUUCGACGUGACCUUCAUGAGCGGCGGUACCCUCGGCGAACGCUGCCCACCAUUCAGAGGCCAGACGGUGGCGGCCACCACGGUGCUCAACCUGACGCGCCGCCAAGUCGUCACGGGUUCCAAGGCCACGCUGGCACGUAAUGCGCUGGCGCCGUCCGUCACGACCCUUACUGGGGGUGGUGCGGCCAACGGCGCCAAUGGGAUGCGCCAGAUGCGCGACGCGGCUACGCCACCGCCCCUGCGAGGGGGCUGGCGUGGCGCCCUCAACGGGAACAGUGGUGGACGCGGCAGGGGUGGCGGGCACGACCCUAACGGAACGCCUGGUCCCCGUGGCGGUCCGAACCUGCAGCACAGCACCAUGGUGUACAGACCCGGCGGAGGGAACCAACAGCCGCAGUUUGGCUCAGCGCCGCAUCAACGUGGAGGGGGAAGCAGGGGCGGGCGUGGCGGGCGCGGUGGUCUCGGAUACAGCGGGAGCGACAACGCAGCGAGCAGCGGCACCAACGGACACCAGACCGAUAGGGCAGAGCAAUCUCCUGCUGCUCCAACACAGUCUUACAACAAUGUCCCGCCGCCGGCCAGCCUAGACGCACCCUCGAGCCGCGGUCGUGGCCGUGGUCGUGGCGACCGUGGCGGCCGUGGCGGCCGUGGACGAGGCAGCCCCAGAGGUGGAGGUGGAGGCGGAGGCGGAGACGGCCAGCGCGGUCGUGGUGGCCGCGGAGGUGGCUCUGGCGGGCAGGGCCAGGCCCAGCAGCCUGCGGCACAAUCCUAAGGGACUUUUUUGUGCUCAGGGCCUUGGUUGCAGUCAACCCGGGUCAUACCGUCAGUACCCGUGUGCUUCCUAACCCCCCUUCCGGCCCGGCCCGGCCCAAGGUCUCUGUAUACCACUGGAGUGGCGUGGAGUACCAUCUUUCCUUUCUGGCCGGGUGUCAUCACGGAUCUUUUUCAUGCAUCUCGGGUCUGGUUUCGCCGCCCCUGCCCAUUUACCUCAUAGAGAGUGUAUCACCCAUGUGUUGCUCGAUUUGUUAGAUGGGGAGUUUAGGGGGAUACGAUACCCAGGAUGAUGUAAAACAAAAAGCUAUAUGAGAGGCGUCUCGGGUGGAGGGCUGCUCUUUUAUCUGGCCGAAACUUGGACUCAUGGAUGGCAAGUUCCUACCUAGAUGGACGGAUGGGGGAGUUUGCUUAAACAACACACUUGGAAGACGAGAAAAAAAGGGUUAUUGUUUGCCUGCAGUUUUUGUCUUGCUCUGCAAAACCACCAGUAAUGUAAUCGCAACCUGCAUGUCUAUCAUGGCCCCCAAAAACGCCGGUAUCCAUGCCCGCGAGGCAGAGGGGUGAGAAAAAAAUAGAAAAAACAGACAGAUAAGCCUAAAAGGACGAGAAAAAAAAAAGAAGAAACAAAGGAUUUGUGGGUGGAAAAGAAAA